GUUGGAACGCAGAAAAUGCUGAUUAAUGCUGUUGUUGUAAAAUUUAGUAGCGCAUUAAACAAAAUGGUUUUAAAAGUGGAAAAUAAAUCGAUGUUUGAUGCUAUUAUCAAAGAUAACCAACGAGUUGCUGUUGAUUUUACCGCAUCUUGGUGCGGACCAUGUCAAUAUAUUGGUCCUAAGUUUGAGGAUUUUGCCGAUAAAUUCAAAUCAAUAAAAUUUAUCAAAGUGGACGUUGAUGAAAAUGAAGAAACAGCCAGUGCCAAUGAAAUCAGAGCAAUGCCAACUUUUAAGUUUUUUAAGGAUGGAAAAGAAUUUGGUAAAGGAUUUGCAGGUGCUGAUGAAGAAGAGCUAGAAAAUCAACUUAAUGCUUUAGCGUCAGCUUAAAUAGUUACAAUAUACAAACUCUUAGUUUAUUUACCACAAUGCGAUCUUUUUUUUUUCAAAUUCAACUUUUUUAUUUUGUUAA